AUGUCCAGGCCCAUCAACUACGGCUUUCCACCGGAGAUGGGCAUGCUCGGCCUUCGCGACGUCUUCCUUGUCGCUCCUGCAGCCGCAUCCUACCACCACCACCACCAAGACCUUCUCUCAUCUCAUCAUAACUCCUUGAAUGCCUCUAACCCCGCCACGGCUCUCGGCGUCGGAGUCAUGAAUGAUGACAGUGAUGAUCACAACAUGAUGAGCGGUCGCAAUAGAAACUGUGGUGGUGGUGGUGUUCAGUUGUGGCAGCAGCCGACCCAGCAGCAACAACACCAACUCUUCCUCAAGAAAAACCAAAACCUUCAUUUGAUGGUUCAAGCAGGGGGCGGUGCCUCGGCUGCCUCGGCACUGACGUGUCAAGACUGCGGGAACCAGGCCAAGAAAGACUGCAGUCACCGGCGGUGCAGGACAUGCUGCAAGAGCCGUGGUUUUGAUUGUGCCACCCACGUCAAGAGCUCGUGGGUCCCAGCGGUUAGGCGCAGAGAGCGGCAGCUCAUGGCGGCGGCGGCCGGCUCUUCUGCGUCUACUUCUCACACUACUAGUUCAAAUGCCAAAAAGCCAAGACUGGUUACUUCGCGAAACACAACUCCCUCUCAUACUAAUUCCGCCACUUCAAACACGACGCCACCCAGAAGCUAUGACACUAGUCACACUACCUCCAAACACCAACACCACGAUGGUGGUUUUCCGGAUACAAUGCCGGGCCAAGUACAGGCGCCUGCGGUUUUCAAGUGCGUUCGAGUAACCGCCGUGGAUGAUGGUGGAGAGGAUGAGUAUGCCUAUCACGCUGUCGUCAAAAUCAACGGUCAUGUGUUCAAGGGGUUCUUGUAUGAUCAAGGUAGAGAUCAUCAUGGCUUCCCUAAUAUUUCUCAUUUGCAUUUGGGUGGUGGAAGCGGAGGCGGAGGCGGAGGUGCCACUAGUAGUACUCCAACAGGAAGAAAUGAAGGUGCUCCAAUACUCGACCCCUCGGAUGCUUAUGCAGCCGCUGCAGCUGCCUCCACUAGUGGAGGAUUGUUGCUGGGAGGUUCAACCUUUUUUGGUAAUUCAUUAAAUUAA